AUGUUUCCGACCGUCGCGCCUUUCCCUUCGGUUCAGCCGCAUCACCACAUCCACCACUAUCCCGCCCACGAUGCCAUGCAUCAGCCUUAUGAUGUGAACGACCCCGCUUAUUACUCUCAUAAUGACCCAUUCAUGCAUUCCUUUAAUCCAACAUCCCGCUUACGUUUUCAAAUGCCGCAUCCUGUCCAACGCCUCGAUCCUCGCGACGCCACGGGCUCGAGUUCGAACGCAAACGCCGCGGGGGAACAUGCGCUUAGGAGGAAGACCCCAAACGGAACCCUGGCAGCCGGUUACGAUGGAACCCCAGGCGACACCACGAUCCAGCCCGCACCAAAGCAUAUCUUGGUCUCGCCGCUAGAGUCCGGGCAAUUUCUUCCUGCGCAGGCGGGCCUGCAGCCGGAAAACUGGCAACCGCUUCCCCUCGAUCAAGCCAUAUCCACACAUAUGAACUUCCCGCCCGUCUUCAAAAACGAGGCGGGCGACCCGAUUGCCGCAGGAGAGGUGAUCCAGGAUGCGAAUGGGGCAAGCUGGGUUCGUCCCGUCAACUAUCCUCCGGGGGUCGACUCGGUGCUUAAUCAAAGCUUGCCCCUCCAGGCGACCCAGCGCUUCCUUCUGCACAAUGGGGCCUAUAUUCCGACCGUUCUUCCUGCAACUUUGCAGCAGUGUGUUGGACCGACGGCGUCUGCUGGGGCCGGCCCAUUUGGUCCAUAUUGGCCGGACGGUGCAUACAUUCCCUACCGCCCUGUAGCAUUCCGCGAUUCACGUUUCGGCUCUCCUAAUCCCAACGGACAGCCUCAGUCCCUCUUCGAUAUCAACCAGCAGGCCUUCAACCAUGCACAGAUCCCGUUGGACACUCGCUCGGACUCGGGAUUUGCAUGGGGGCAAUCUGCAACCGGUGUUCCUCCCCAAAAUCCUCUCAUGAAAGCACGUUUCCCUCCACGCCAUUCGGAUCUGUUACCAUUCCAUGUCCGCGCCAAUCGAUCCGUAUCAUCCUACCCUAAUCCUCUCAACAAUGAACCUAUGUCCUGGACUGGCCGCCCACCAGUCCACGGCUUCCAACCCCCAGGGCCAGCAGUGGUUGCCAACACUGAAUUCAAGGAAAAGGUUAUGUCCUGGGCACAUGGUGUCUACGUCGACCUUCUCGCAACUAUCCACCAGGCUCGCCGCAACAGCAUCUCCAACGGUGGCGCGGACGGUCAGAACCCUCGUUUCCUAAAACCGAACAUAUACCCGAAGCCUCCUCGCCAACCAGGUCUCGAUUUCUCGCAAAGUAAUGCCCCCGAAAUCCACCGUCACAAUAGCUACCCGUGCAGUCAAUAUGAUGUACAAAGGCAGAAAUCGGGUCUUAUGGCAAACCUGCGAAAGGGAGAUCCUCAAAUGAACGUUCAGGGCCGACGUCCAUCAUUGAACCAAUUUUCUCAAGCCCACCGCGCGUCAGACUCGCAAAUGCGUGAUGUCGGGCGCUUUCCAGGUGCAUCGGCCCACCGAUCCUCCAGCACUCUUUUCAACGACGGCUCUCCAGUUACCAAUGCAGCAUCUGCCUUGGAAAUGCUAUCUCAUCUAUGCAUGGAAAGUCAUUGGGAAUGGACUGAUGGGAUACUUCUUGGCGGCUGUUUGGCUUAUGGUUUAGGUGACUACAACAAAGCCAUGCGCUGGUAUUCUAGGAUUAUCGCACGCGAUUCAACACAUGUGGAGGCCAUCUCUAACCUUGCUGCCACCUUGUUGGCCCUUGAUCGGCGAGAGGAGGCCUUGCAGAAUUGGCUUCGUGCCGUGAAGUUGCGCCCGAGUUUCUUUGAAGCUGUUGAGCAUUUGAUUGGUCUUUUGUGCAGCAGCCACCGGGGCAAAGAGGCUGUCAACAUCAUUGAUUUUGUCCAAACCUCUCUUCGUCAUCCAAAGGAUGGAGAUUGUUUCAAGACGGAUGAGCAUGCUAGCGAGCCCGAGAGUGAUGCCGAGAGCAACGUGUCCGAUGUGUGCAUGUAUGACAAUGCAUCCUUUGAUUAUGAUGACGAUAUGGGACGAGGGCCGACUUUGAACCCGGGCUCGCCUGAAACGACGCCUGUCGGCUUCGCCACGAGUGGAUAUGCCAUCCCGGGCUCGGACAAUGGGAGAAUGCUCGCUCUGAUUCACGCCAAGGGCAACAUGCUCUAUGCACUUGGUGACAAUGCUGCCGCUGCGACCGCGUUUGAAGAUGCCGUCUUGAUUGCCGCUGGAAGAAGACGGCACGGUGUUCAGAGUCUUAUCAAACAGAUUUUCGCUGCCUUUGCCCCCGGAUCGAGUAACGGAUAUCACCAACCGGAGCCAGGUUCCGGGGAGAGCGUUCUUCUGUAUCCGGACAGAGCUCUGCAAACUGCGAAGCUCGUGUUCCGGGCUAGCAGUGGCACGCCGCCGGGACUUAAGUACGUGGCCGAGGGAAUUUCCAGGAAAGCUGCCAUCUCAACUACCAGUAACUCUCUGCUCUCCCUGGCAAAGAUCUAUCAGGACGGCAUGUCGACUGUCUCGUCCAGCGCACCGAGAUCUGCACCCGGCGUGCGGGAUAUUCUGGCCCUGUACUACCUUUCCCUUUCCCUACAGCCAAGUCCAUCCACUGCGAACAACGUUGGUAUCUUGCUCGCCGGAAUCCAGAACAAUCCGCCGGCUCGAGGGCUGGUCCGUCCCAAUGGCGAAAGCCAACAUCCGGAGAUCCCUGGUGUGGUGCCUGGAAGCGGGAUUUCCCUCGCACUGGCGUACUACAACUAUGGGUUGCAUCUCGACUCCCGUCAUGCCCACCUCUACACAAACCUGGGCAGUUUGUUAAAGGACAUUGGACAGCUUCAGGCUGCCAUCAAAAUGUACGAGCAAGCUGUCCAGUGCGAUGGCAAUUUCGAUAUCGCUCUUGCCAAUCUGGCCAACGCUGUUAAGGAUGCCGGUCGGGUUAACGAUGCCAUUUCAUACUACAAGCGCGCUGUCAAAGUGAAUCCUGAAUUUGCUGAAGCUGUGUGUGGGCUGGCCAACGCGCUAAACUCAAUUUGCAACUGGGUCGGCCGUGGUGGCAUUGUCAACGGGCAUGGCUUCCGUGAUCGCUGGCAUGUGGAUGACAAGGGGAUGCUUCGAGAUGCUCAGAGCAACGACACCGGUACUGGCUGGAUUAAGCGUGUCGUGGACAUUGUCGACCGACAACUCCGUGAAGGCGAAUACUGGGGUCGUGGACUCCUGACAUCUCACACGGCUGAACAACUGUGUUCUCAGUUGGCUACCGCAUUGGACUCGGGCCGCUUUGCCUCCAGCCGACGAUCAUCCCUGGUCAAGGUCCUUCAAUCAUGGGCCGGACAGAAAUGGGAAGGGUCGCGCAUCGUCCGACUCAUUGAGCGUGCCAUCCGGUCAAUUACAUGGCAAUGGUACCAGGACCGCUAUGUCUAUGGCAAAGACUACCCUACCUCCAAAUACCGCCGGCCUCAACUCCCAGCAGCGCUCACUGCGCCAAACGCGCCGACGGUCCUGCCUUUCCACACCUUCACCUGUCCGUUAUCUGCGAAGCAGAUUCGCCAGAUCUCACAGCGCAACGGACUUAGAAUCUCAUCAUCUACUCUACGAUUACCCUGGCUCCCGAGCACCGUGUUCCCACCCCCGUCGCCCCCAAAUCCUUUCCUCAAAGUUGGCUAUGUUUCGUCGGACUUCAACAAUCACCCUCUGGCGCAUUUGAUGCAAUCGGUGUUUGGAUUGCACAACACGAAAAAAGUAAGAGCAUAUUGCUAUGCUACUACCGCCAGCGACAAGUCCGUCCAUCGCCAACAGAUCGAGAAAGAGGCUCCCGUCUUCCGUGACGCGAGUGGAUGGUCGGUUGACCGGUUGGUCCGGCAGAUUGUUGACGAUGGAAUUCACAUCCUCAUCAAUUUGAACGGUUACACCCGUGGAGCCCGCAACGAGGUCUUUGCCGCUCGGCCUGCGCCCAUUCACAUGUCUUUCAUGGGAUUUGCCGGCACUCUUGGUGCCGAGUGGUGCGAUUAUAUCCUCGCCGAUCAAAUUUCAAUCCCACCCGAGACUCUGAGCCCUGGUCGGCGAACCGCGCGCAUCGAGGACCGUAUCCUUGAGGAGGACAAUGGCGAAGAUCUCGAUGACUGGGUUUAUGGCGAGAAGAUCGUGUAUACUCGUGAUACAUUUUUCUGUUGUGAUCACCGACAGAGUGCACCGGAUGCAGGAGAACGACUGCUCACAUGGGAUGAGGAGCAGGUUCGGCGCUGGAGAAUGCGGAAAGAGCUGUUUCCCAAGCUCAGCGAUGACACCAUCAUCCUGGGAAACUUCAACCAGUUGUACAAGAUUGAGCCCACGACAUUUAGGACGUGGUUGCGCAUUUUGGCGCGAAUCCCCAAUGCCGUGCUCUGGCUGCUGCGGUUCCCAGAGACUGGCGAACAGAACCUUCGGGACACUGCCAAGGCGUGGGCGGGCGAUGAGACGGCUUCGAGGAUCAUCUUCACCGACGUCGCGCCGAAGAACACGCACAUUGCGCGAGCGAAAGUCCUGGAUCUGUUCCUCGAUACACCCGAGUGUAAUGCACACACGACGGCCACCGACGUCCUCUGGAGUGGAACGCCGCUGCUGACCUUGCCACGAUACAAUUACAAGAUGUGCUCACGCAUGGCGAGUAGCAUCCUGAGCAGUGCGCUCCCCAAAACCGAAGCGGGGCGGCAAGCACGCAAGGAGCUGAUUGCCUCGUCGGACGACGAUUACGAGAACAAGGCCAUCCGGCUUUGCAUCGACUUGCAGUACGUCCCGGGCGGCGAGGGCCGAUCCCGCGGCCGUCUGGCGGAUAUGCGACAGAUGCUGUUUAUGCAGCGACAUAAGAACAAGCUCUUCGACACGGCCCGCUGGGUGCGUGAUCUGGAAGAAGCUUACGAAGCAGUGUGGGCGCAAUGGGUGAACGGCGAAGAAGGCGAUAUCUUGUUAUGA